AUCGUCACUAACCGUAUCGUAUGUAAAGAAGUCGACUUCUUCCUGAAGCAAAAGAAAGAUGGCGGCUACCGUGAAGAAGACAGUUGCAGUUGAAGAUGUCAAUGUCACAUUUGAAGACCAGAAGAAGAUUAAUACAUUUGCCAGAAACACAAAUCGAAUGACAGAAUUUAAAGAUGAAAUAGAAGGAAAAAAGAAAUCUCUACAGAAUCUGCAGGAUGCCAGUGAUGACCUGAUGAUGGCUGAGGAUGACACUCUGCUCGUCCCGUAUCAGAUUGGAGAUGUCUUCAUCAGUCACACCCAGGAAGAGACCCAAGAGAUGUUGGAAGCUGCAAAGGAACUACUGCAGCAGGAGAUUAAAGACCUAGAAGGGAAGGUGUCAAAGAUACAACAUUUGUUGGGUGAUCUGAAGGUCCAGCUCUAUGCCAAGUUUGGGAACAACAUCAACCUGGAAGCAGAUGAAAGCUGAGUGCUUAGCCCGGUCCUAGAUCUGUUUGUGCUAUUUAGUAUGACAAUUAAUCAAUGAUUAUAGUUGUUAAGAUGCCAUAAACAGAUCUGGGAUCAGGAUAAGUGGGCAACUAUCUCUUUACAUAUGGAGUUUUCAAGCAGCUCGCAUAUUUUCCGAUCCACACAGUGCUGACAGGAUGCUUGCCAAACCAACAUGUUUGUCCUCUUCUCAGCAUCACACUUUUUUUCAAUGGUGCAUGGUCUUAUUUAUGGUUUUAUUUAGUUCAGUCUUAUUUUGUAUGAAUGUCGGUGAAUGUACCACUUUUUGUACUUGCACUGGGUCUCAGUAAUAUAUGGACCUAUGGACUGACACCGAAGAUGUCUUUAUACACCAGAUGACCAUAAAGAAAACAACCUAAGGAUUUACCUUUGUAGUGCUUGGAGAUGGAGAAAAUGUGGUUAAAGAAAAUAAGUGAGCAGAGGCAGCCAAUGUCACUGGUGCAGGGAGUGUCACAGUUCAGGGGAGCAAGUACGCCGCUGACAGGAACCGCUACAUGUCCUUUUACCAUAAUGAGAAAAAUCAGUCCACGGGCCUAUAUUACUGAAUCCCAGUGCAAGUACUAAACAAGUAAAGCCACUUAAACCAGUCUUUAUAAAGUAAAGAGGGUAAUGUAUUCCUUGUGGAUUUUUUUUGUACGUUUACGAGUUGGUUAUGGAACAGAAAUGAAUACUAUUGUAUUCAGAUUCAACUGAUUUAAGACCAAAACAUGUAGGCUACUGUGUGUGUAUAUCCCAAAGUGUAUCUUAAAGGUGCAAUCUGUAGUUUAAUUUUUUGUCAAAAAUACCUAGCAGGACUGAAAAAAUGAGGUUUUUUUUGGUGCACUGAUCAUCUUAAAUAGAACCAAGUUUAUUUGUGUGUUUGUUUUUCGAUUGUUUAUGUAUUUAGCCAGUGUGGACAUCCUAUAAAGAAAGUUCUGACAAUU